UUUCUCUCCCUUUUAUUUUUUUCUUUUUCUUUUCUCUUCUAUUUUAAAUAAUUCUAUAAUUUCUUAAAAAGCUCAAACUCAAAACUUUGAUUAUUUAAAUAAUUUUGGAUGAGAAAAAGUAGCAUUUAGCAAGAUAAUGAGUGUGGGAGCAAUUAAGAAAAGGAAGUAGUGUAUGAAAUAAAUUGAAAAUACUUCAUUUUACAUUUAAUUACUGUGACGCAAAUAUAGUACCAAAAAUUUAGUGUAUAAUUUGAGAGAGAGAGAGAGAAAGACAUUGUCUUCAUCAGCUUCAGCUUACUAUGUUUCCGACCAGUUCUCCGAAUCCGAUAAAUGUGCAAGCACAAGUUGUCCAAGAUAUUCCAGCUCUAAGACGUGCAGAUUCAAACAUCACCUCUUUAAAUAAUGGAAAUGAUGUACCAAAUGCGGCUCCUCCUUUUGCAAAUUCUUUGAUGUCAAGUUCUAAGAAAUUGCAAGAUGAAUUAGAAAGAACUGGAAAUAAAUUGAAACAGCAUGAGGAAAAUUUAAAAUUUCUGAAGACUCAGAAAAAUCAGCUGGAUGAGGCUAUUCUUGAUUUGCAAGUUAGCCUUGGCAAGUACAUUUCCUCGGGUGCACCCAAAGCCGAAGACAGUGAUAAUUCUCAAGAUCAAAGUGAGGAGGAGUCUAUCGAGCAAAUAGUAAAACAUGAAAAUUCUGCUGCUGGUAUAUAUUGCCAGUUCAAAUAUCGUCAUGGUCCACAGCCGUCCAAUCUUACUUCAUAUGAAGAUGUUCUUGGUAUUGUUGCUUCUCUUGGAAAAGUAGAUGAUGAUAACCUCAGCAGGCUUUUUUCUGAGUAUUUGGGCUUGGAGAGUAUGCUAGCAAUUGUCUGCAAAACUUAUGAAGGAGUUAAAGCUUUGGAAAUAUACAAUGGUGAAGGAUUUGUGAAUAAAGGAUCUGGUAUUCAUGGCCUUGGAGCUUCUGUUGGACAAGAUUUGAAGGGUCGUUUUUCAGUCAUAUGUCUUGAAAACUUAAGACCAUAUCCUGGUGAUUUUUUGUCCAAUGAUCCCCAGAAAAGACUUGAUAUUCCGAAGCCAAGAAUGCCUACUGGUGAUAUUCCAUCUGGCUUUCUUGGCUAUGCUGUAAACAUGAUUCAUGUGCAUAGGCCCCAUAUCUUUUGCCUAACGUCAAGUGGGUGGGGCCUCAGAGAGACUUUGUUUUACAAUCUCUUUUCUCGUCUCCAAGUCUAUAGAACAAGAGCAGAAAUGCUAGAUGCUCUUCCAUGCAUUAUUGAAGGAGCCAUCUCUUUGGAUGGUGGACUUAUCAGAUCCUCUGGUGUUUUCUCCCUUGGUAGCAGGGAAGAUAUAGAUGUGAUGUUUCCAAAAUGUUCAUUGAGAACUAGUGUCCCUGAGAAGUAUUUCGAGCUUGAAGAACAGAUUAAACAGAAGAAAUGGGAAAAGGAGCGAAUCAAAGAGGAUAUCCGAAGAGAACAGGCAUCGUUAGAUCAAGAAAAGUACAACUUUAGUUUGAGAAAACAAGAUUUUGUGAAGUUUUUAGCUGACAGCUCGACUUUCAUAGCUCAGCAACAGAUACAGACAGCAGCCGGUCAAAACAAACAGAUCCCUCGAUGAUGUGUCCCAAUUGACAUAACCUCAUCGAAGACCACAAAAGUUCUGGGUUGUUCAGGGGUCCAAGACGACGACAGUUUUCACAUCGACUGUAUGUAUUUAUAGAUGUUCGUUGUAGACUUGCAGUUAGAAUAGCAUUGUAAUAAUGUAUUAAAUGAACGCCUUUCUUCUCUGUCUCGUCCCUUAACAAGGAUCCGAGAAUUCUAGGUUAUCUCCGUAUGAAACUGAUCAAAGCUGUAGUUUUUAACUUAUUAAGUCUAUUAAUGGAAUGUUGUAGCCUUUAAGAGCUUUGAAAAUGUUAA